AUUACGUCGCGUCUGGACCGCGGGUCAGCAGCAGCCCCAGUCCGGAGGAGAGGAUGUGGGUAUGCUGACAUCUGCAAGCCAGCGGUUUAACUGGAAAGAAGAGUCAGGCUGACAGACAACCGCCUCAGAAAACUCCAGCAAACUCUGAGACAUGUAACUUCUCCUCGAAGAUGCUCGUGUCCUGACGGGCAUCCUGACGCUUGGGCCCAUCACAGAGCCCUUCAUCAUGAGGGGCCGCUGCUCUCGAAAGCUUGGCGUGUUAGCCAAAGCUGGCUUUUUGCUAUGGCUGCUGUGGCUAGGCUAUCUUCUAUUAGCGCGAUCGUCCUUCCCCUCCACUUCUUUUGGAGAGGAUGAAGAGGAAGAGCGCGGUCUUCAGGCGAGGCAGCUCUCUCUAGAGGAGAGUGGUAUAGAAGGGCAGCUGGCCAGGCCCUUGUAUGUUAAACCACCGGCGGACCAGAAUUCGCCGGGGGAGUGGGGUCGAGCCACUCACCUCACCCUCAGUGCAGAGGAUAAGAAACACGAGGAGGAAACGGUGGAACGCUAUGCCAUCAACAUCUUUGUCAGCGACAAAAUCUCCCUCCAUCGGCACAUCCAGGACCACAGGAUGACUGAAUGCCGGAAUAAGAAGUUUGACUACCGGCGCUUACCCACCACCUCUGUGAUCAUAGCCUUCUACAACGAGGCCUGGUCCACCCUGCUGAGGACUAUCCACAGCGUGCUGGAGACCACGCCAGCCAUCCUGCUGAAAGAGAUCAUCCUAAUUGAUGACUACAGUGACCGAGGCUUCCUGAAAUCCCAGCUAGCUGAGUACAUCAGUAAACUACAACGAGUGCGACUCAUUCGCACAAAUAAAAGAGAAGGGCUGGUACGGGCACGUCUCAUUGGUGCCACCUACGCUAUUGGGGACGUUCUGACAUUUCUUGACUGCCACUGUGAGUGCGUCCCCGGCUGGAUCGAGCCUCUGCUGGAAAGGAUUGCUGAGAAUGCCAGCACCAUAGUGUGCCCUGUGAUUGACACCAUUGACUGGAACAACUUUGAGUUUUACAUGCAAACAGAUGAGCCGAUGAUUGGGGGAUUCGACUGGAGACUCACCUUUCAGUGGCACUCUGUUCCUGAGGAGGAGCGCAGGAGGAGAAAAUCUCGAACAGACCCAAUUAGAUCCCCUACAAUGGCAGGUGGGUUAUUUGCAGUGAGCAAGGCCUACUUUGAGUAUCUUGGCACAUACGAUAUGGGCAUGGAGGUGUGGGGAGGAGAAAACCUGGAAUUGUCUUUCAGGGUGUGGCAGUGUGGAGGCAGUUUGGAGAUCCACCCCUGCUCUCAUGUGGGCCACGUGUUCCCUAAAAAAGCCCCGUACGCUCGGCCCAACUUCCUCCAGAACACGGUACGAGCUGCAGAAGUUUGGAUGGACUCUUAUAAACAACACUUCUACAACAGAAACCCUCCUGCCAGAAAGGAGACCUAUGGGGAUAUUUCAGAGCGACUGCUGCUGAGGGAAAGGCUGAAGUGCAAAAGUUUCGACUGGUAUUUGAAGAACAUCUACCCUGACUUACAUGUCCCCGAGGACAGGGGAGGCUGGCACGGGGCUAUCCAUAGCUCAGGGAUUCAGUCAGAGUGCCUUGAUUACAACGCUCCAGAUCACAACCCCACAGAUGCCCAGAUUUCUCUGUUCGGCUGCCACGGCCAGGGAGGCAACCAGUACUUUGAAUACACGUCUCAGAAGGAGAUCCGCUUCAAUUCAGUGACGGAGCUGUGUGCUGAGGUACUGGAAGGACACACCUCCAUCACCAUGAGGCACUGCCCAGGUGACGCGGAGCUGAAGCCUCCCAGCAUCCUCUGGGAGUUCAGACAUGACGGGACCAUCUACCAUCCUAACUCAGACAUGUGCGUGACCUCCUACCGCACAGAAGAGGGUCGCACGGACGCCCAGAUGGGACGCUGCAACCCGGAUGACAGGAACCAGCAGUGGAAAUUUGAGUGGUAGAAAGGAGGAAGCGGCGAGGAAAAACUACAAGGGACCUUCUUGUGAUGUUGUGCACUAGUUACCGAAAAGAUCUUCCUCACUACCAACGUCUGCACUCAAUUCAAAUGGGAAUAAGAAACCAAAAUGCCUUAAAAGACUGUUGUUCGCCCCAUUAAGUGUCUUUAUGCCCUCAUGAAUGAGUGCAAUGUGAGGUUUUAUCUGGUUCUUUCUAGAACAUCAGCUCCUUUUUAUCCAUGUGCCUCUGCAAUGAAAGACAAAAACAAUAUCCCGCACACCCGAGAUGUCCUCGGUGGGGAUUAUGUGAUAUUCCUGCACAAAAAGUCCCUUCUAGAGCUGCAAAGUCACAUUGCACUGCAAACUUUUAUAAGAGAUGACUGUUGCUCUUGCUCGUUUUUAUGGUUUCAAAUUUUAAAAAGAGGGUGAAUGUUUGCUGCUGAAAGACGUUGUGCUCAGAAUGUGAGGUCCGCAGCAUCGUGCCUUCCUAACACGCCCCGUCAUGCGAGGAGGCAAACACAGAGACGGCGCUGUGGUCUCACUGAACUGCUCCUCCAUUCGAUCCCUCGCCCGUGGUGCCAGUUUUGUGGCAGAGUGAUGCCUGAACAAGUCUUGAAGAAUUCAUUAAGCUUUUGAACUAAGUGCGUUUUGCCCCAGAGAGCUCAGCGAGCUGACAGGAAUGUUGUGAUCUAUUCUUACCUGCUGUGUAGGAUUAAAAUCACCCUCUAAACCCAUCAUUCACGUGGCCUGUGAAAACCUGACAGCCUAAAAACAAACACAACUAGAGUGUGUGUGCCUAACUGCAAUGUGCCCGUGGGUGCCAAAUUUAUUUUGAGCCUGUGUGAUCUGAACUUGAAACUGCAUCAGAAACACUCCUGUGUUGUUUUUCAGCUUGUUUGUGUAAGUUUACACCUGGAUUCAAACCUGCAACAGCUUUAUUUACUCAAUUCUGAUUCUCACUGGGACAUGUUUGCAGUCACAACCGCAGGAAUGGAUGCAGGUGGACUCCAGCUGUGUGUAAAUCAUGCUUGGGUUAAGGGACCAAAACUACUGAUGAUGAUGGAUGCCGUAAGAAAUCGAGUUAUUCAAAGAAUAAAAACUACCCACAAAUA